AUGGUCCUUGGAUUAAGCGGAGCCCUGACUUUCGCCAAAGGAUCGAUCAAGCUCAAAGUCGAGUUAGGAUCAGCACCCCGACAGGUGAAGACAAACUCCGAGUUCGUAGUAUUUAACACUCCAUCACCUUAUGAUGAUGUAAUGGGACAGCCCGUAUUAUUCAGCCUGAGAGCAGCAGUGUCCCUGUAUCACUAUUCAGUCAAGUUCCCCACAUCCUAUGGUGUGGGUGAAGUCAAAGGAAACAGGGAGCUCGCCGAAAGAUACCUGCGGACCAAGAUCCAAUGGGAAGAACCCAUCGAAGAGCUAGAGGGAGUUCAAGUUUGUGCUGACGACCCAUCAAAAGAGCUCAAAGUCGGGUACGAGCUGCAGUCCUCCACCCGAAAUGAAAUUGUGGCCUUCCUUAGACAAAACCUUGACGUCUUUGCCUGGAAUCAUGGAGACAUGAGAGUGAUAGAUCCCAAAAUUGCCUGUCACAAAUUACAGGUGGAUCCCUCAGUUCGGCUAAAGCAGCAAAAACGACGACCUCUAAACCCUGGAAGAUAUGAAUCACUCAAUAAGGGGGUGCAAAAACUAUUGCACAAUGGUUUCCUCCACGAGGCAAAAUACCCAAAGUGGAUUGCAAAUCCGGUCCUUGUGAAAAAAUAUAAUGGAGAUUGGAGGGUAGGCAUAGACUUCACUGAUCUCAACAAUGCAUGCCCUAAAGAUAGUUUUCCUUUACUAAGAAUAGAUCAAAUGGUGGAUGCCACUGCGAGACACGAACUACUAGCUUCAUGGACACGUACUCCAGAUAUAACUAGAUAA